AUGCAGCGGUCUUUGCUGAGACUGGCACGGCGCCAGAGUUCGCUGUGGCCUGCUGGCCAGCGGGCGUUCAGCCAGCCAACUGGCCAGCUGACCCCUGGGGAGCUGGCGGUGGCAGACGAAUCACCUUUUCUUAGAUUUGCAUCUCCUGUUCCCCAGCCAACAACCUAUGCGCCUUUGCUUAGUUCUAUUCCAGACACAUCGGUGACGACUCUGUCUAGCGGAUUGCGAGUGGCAUCUGAGACAACACCAUUUGCGGAGACCGCAACCGUGGGAGUUUGGAUCGAUGCUGGCAGCAGAUACGAGAAUGCGGCAAACAAUGGGACAGCCCACUUCCUGGAGCACAUGGCCUUCAAGGGCACAAAGUCUCGGACGACUCAGCAGCUGGAGGUGGAAAUCGAGAACAUGGGCGGGCACCUGAAUGCAUACACAAGCAGGGAAAUAACCUGCUAUUACGCAAAGGUGCUGAAAGGGGAUGUGCCCAAGGCUGUUGAGAUCCUGAGUGACAUCCUCCAGAACUCAGACCUGGAUGAGCAGGCCAUUGAGCGGGAGCGCAAUGUCAUCCUGAGGGAAAUGCAGGAGGUUGAGGGCGUGCCAGAGGAGGUUGUCUUUGACCAUCUGCAUGCAACAGCCUUCCAGCACACACCUUUGGGGCGCACCAUUCUGGGGCCUGCUGACAACAUCAAGACCCUGACCCGAGGGGAUCUUGCAGACUACAUUGCCACUCACUACACCGCUCCCCGCAUGGUGGUGUCGGGAGCUGGCGCCAUAGAUCACAGCCAGCUGGUGGAGCUGUCAGAGAAGGCCUUCUCAAAGCUCCCCACCACACCCCUGACGUCCAGCGACCUGGUCAAGGAGUCCCCGACAUACUUCACCGGCUCGGACGUGCGCAUCCGGGAGCCGGAUCUGCCGCUGCUGCACUGGGCGCUGGCCUUCAAGGGCGCCUCGUGGACGGACCCGGACGCCAUCCCCCUCAUGGUCAUCCAGUCCAUCAUCGGUGCAUGGAACAAAAACGCCGGCGCCGGCGGUAACAUGAGCAGCAUGAUGGCGCAGCGAGUGGCGACCAACAACCUGGCACACUCCUACAUGGCCUUCAACACCAAUUACCACGACACCGGCCUCUUUGGCGUCUAUGCCGUCUCAGACCCCAAGAGCCAGCCUGUGGAUGACCUGGCGUGGUGCAUAAUGCGGGAGAUGAGCAGCCUGAUCUACAAUGCCUCCGAGGAGCAGGUGGUGCGCGCGCGCAACCAGCUCAAGGCCUCCAUCCUGUUCUCCCAGGACGGCCCUGGAGGAGUGGCGGAGGACAUUGCCAGGCAGCUGCUGGUGUACGGGCGUCGCGUGCCCAAGGCAGAGCUGUUUGCGCGCAUUGACGCGGUGGACGAGGAGACGGUGAAAGAGGUGGCGUCGCGGUUCAUCUAUGACCAGGAGCUGGCCAUCGCUGCCAUGGGGGAUACCCAAACGCUGCCAGAUUACAACUGGUUCCGCCGCCGCACCUACUGGCUGCGCUACUAGGCGUGUUGGCGUGCAGAUGACACCCCUUGUGAAUUUUGCCUCUUGGUGGCCUGCCGGACUUCUGCAAGCGGUUUUGGUAGUUGCAGAGGGAAGGGAGAACCGUACUUGAUAUGCAUGGAUUGUGCCCUCGUGGGCCAGUAAAUUUUUUCCCUGUCAAGUAUGCCUAUUAAGUCCACCAUGUCGCAGCGUCCACCGUCACAGUGACGCUGUAACGGUGACGGAGCGGCUGUCAUCAUGAUCAUCAUGAUGCACAUUAAUGAAAUAGAAACAAAAAUAUUUGAGAGUGGUUUUGGCUUGGCUUGCUCGAACUAGAUCUAGAGCUUGUAGGCAUAUGCAUUCCAUCGCUAUUCAGAUGGAUUCAGGCCUGGGGCAAGCUACCGUAGAUGUGUAAUCAAUGCCAUUAGUGAUC